AAGGUUAGGCGUGAAAAAGAAAGAGCAGGCGAGAAAGGUGAAACUCGGAAACUGGCUGGCGCACCUGUACGGUCAAGACAAUGGAGUACAAUUAUGUCCAUGAUCGACAGGGGAAUCGCUCUAACCAAGCAAACAGCCAGGGACAGUCUCAGAUCCAGCCGCCACUACAUUUUGAGCACCAGCAAUAUCCUCCACGAGCACACCAUGCUAUGCCAACAGGGUACCAUGGAACAAGUUCACAAUCCCCAUAGGCGCGCGUGUAUCGUAGGGACAACCGGUGAAUCGACGGAGUGCUCUUCAUCGAAAUACUACGUUGGUUGGUCCCCGGAAGUGGCGGGCGGAAUUUAGCCAGAAUCCUCGAUGGAAGUCGAUCAAGUGCAUAUGAGCUGAGAGAGUGAAAUAUCAGUAUUUUCCCAAGACAUCAACUCUCUGCAAGCUCCAAGUAACGUAGCGUGUACUGCCCCUGGUCCGGCACAGAGCUUGGUAGGACUCCUCCCUCCAAGGGUACCCAUUAGCUCUGGAUCAGCUCGCAUCACCAACAGUGAGAGUCCAGGACAGACAGGACACGACUAUGAUCACGUCCUUACCGCUGCUAUGCAAGAAAUCCAACAGGUGUCCACUUCACUGUCAAGCACAGAAGCAACUCGGCCUCAACAACAACCGACAACUCUCAACUCCCUACAAGGUCCCAACUACCUCAUUGAAGACCUCUCCAACUCAACCAACAACAAUGUUGCUGCAACUCCGAGCAUGGGCCGUGCAACACUGUCUCUCUGCACUCCUGCCUCAAGCAAUAUUGAUGCUGACGGUCUAACGACUGUGACCGCGAAGAAGAAGGGUCCUCAUGCCAAAGCAAAGAAGGGAAGUCUUCCGCAGCCGCUGCCUGUGGCUCAAUGUCAGCAUGAGAAAGUUCAAACUGUCAUGAAAUACUGUCAGACGGAAUCCUUGUUCGAUGAGACUUGGAGAGCGGAAGGGAUGAGGGCAGAACCGUCCGGUCUUCCUUCGGGCCUGGCAUUCAUCAGAACAUCAGAGUGCAAGAUCAAGGGUGUGAUCUCAACUAAAGACCUGCUAGAGGGAAAGAAGUUUGGGCCAUACACGGGAGAGUUUGUGAAAGAAGUUAUUGGCGGUUGCAAUCCGUCAACUUGGGAGGUAUGUGUACGAGGCAGAACCUGGUUCUAUCUCGACGGAUCCACUGACCUUGAUAAUUGGAUGCACCAUGUCCAGUAUGCCAGGAACACUCAAGAACAGAACAUGGAAGCCUUCCAGUCCUAUGGGGAUAUCUUCUUCCGUAUCACCAAACCUAUCAAGUCGGGAACAGAGCUUAGAGUCUUCUAUAGUCCAGAAUACCGGAAGAGGGUUGGAUUCAAGACAAGUCUAGAUGAACUUCAUAUGGACCAAGAUAACCAAAUGUUCCAGUGUCAAGACUGUAAGUACCGUUACACCAAUGCCAAGAGCCUCUCAAGACAUCUCAAGUUUGAGCAUGACAAGGAGAACUUCCGCAGUCGGGUUGACUCUAGGGUCAGUAUCCAAUCUCAGCCCUCUACGACAUCAAGGAUUGAAAUCAUCGCUUCCGGACUGAAGAAGCAAGCAACGACUGCCAAGGUGGCAGCAGAGAAGCUUAUUGCCAAGGACAAUAAGAACAAACAAUUCCUGCAGGUAAAACUUCAGCCUUUGAGUACAGGGAACAAGGACACAACAGGUGCCAAUCAGGACAAUGCAAGAGCAGAGACAGACAUGAAGCCGUUUCGUUGUAAGAGAUGCAGGAAGUUGUUCCCAUCAGAAGGACUCCUGAGACAGCACCUUGCUUUUCACCGGGAGAUGAAGAAAAUCAAACCCAUAUGCAAGGUGUGUGGACUGGAGUGUAAGCAUGAGACAGCACUCAAGCAGCACCUGCUUUCGCACGAUUCCUCAUCAUUCCAAUGCCCCAAAUGCCAGAGGUUUCUAAAAGCGAAGAAAGACUUCGUUCGGCAUCUUAGGAGGAAACAUAACAUGGUUGUUAGGACAGAGACGACAGCCAAAAUGGAGGAUAAGAAAGCAAGGUAUGUUGGACCUGAGAAGGAUACUGAGGAACAGGCUGAGGCUUUCCAUCCUGAACUCUCCAAGGACAUGCUCGGAAAGCGAAUACUGUUAACCACCAAGAAAGCAAAGGUGUUCAAGUGUAAGUACUGCCCUCAAAAGUUUACCUCCUUCACGCAAGUCAACAGACAUGAAUUGACUGUACAUAAAAACAGUGGUCAAUUCAAGUGCGAGUUCUGUAGCCAGACGUUUACCCACAAGGACAGGUUUAUGGUUCACAGGCGAAAACACACCUUAGAUCGCCCUUUCAAGUGUGAGGAGUGCCCACGCUCCUUCUCUUCAGAGAGCGCCCUCAAGAACCACCUUCCAGAACACCGGGGUGAACGACCCCAUAAGUGCGAUGUCUGCGGAAAGGGGUUCCGGACCCGAUUGAACAUGACUAACCACAGGCGGCGCAUGCACGUGCCACCGACCGUGGUGCUUAAAUGCAGCUUCUGCGAUAAGACAUUCAAGGACAAAGCCGGACUUUCACGACACGAACAGCGCCACAAGGGGAUCCGGCCCCACGUUUGUUUAACCUGUGGAUCUGCCUUUGGCGCAAAGUAUACGCUGCAAUCUCACAUGCGGAUACAUACGGGGGAAAAGCCAUUUGAAUGUCCAGUGUGUAAGAAAAAGUUUAGCCAAAGGCAUCACCUUUCCACCCAUAUGGUAUGUCAUGAUGACAAAGGAUCAACUGGUAACCUUGGUCAAGAAAAGGGUUAGGUAACAUUAUGGAUCCAACAUUGCACAUGGGACAAACAGGCCUGAUUACUACCUUAAUCAUAUAUUAUGAAUCCUCUUUAAAAGGUUGUUCAAGACUAUCGUGAGAACAAUAUAUUUUCAUGUAUUAAAUGCCCUUCAUGAACUUUGACCUUGAUACCCUGAAAACUAAUCUGGGUCCAGGAACACAAAGGCUAGUGAUUAAUCUUUUGCCUGAUCUUCAUGGUUAAGUAUACUCUGAAGUCAAAGCAAUUAAUCAUAAACAAAUGUUCUAUGAUGAAUGCUAAGCUUUGUGUUACGGGUUUCCAUGACAUUUGCUCUGGUGACAAUUGCUCCACUGCAAAUUAAUGGAAUGACCAACUUCAACCCUGGAUUUAACACUAUACCCUAUCCUAAACCUAAUAUAAAGCGCUAUUGCAACCCUUACCCUUUAUCUUUGAUGAAAUACAGCCCAGAGCAAUUGAUGCAGGAGCAAAUGUGUCACCUAUUACGGGCCCCCGAAUUUGCUAUACAGGUAGAUUUGCCAGACAUUGCAAUAUUAACUUACAUGUAUGUGUUUAGAAAAUGUUAUUGAUGUUUCCACUAAGUUUGGUGUGGUCAACAUCAGGUUUAAUUCAAACUCUGGUCUUAAGUUAUGGUUUAUCUAUGGAUAGCCAGCUGUGACAUAAAUCUCUAACCAUUAUAAGGUUCAGGCUAUCAGACUUUCAAGCCAUUCUUAAUUGUGUGGGAAAGGUUAAAUGAUCUGUCUUUACCAUUAAAGAACUAUGAAAGAGCACAGUAAGCAUAAGAAACGUGAUGUAAACAAAAUGUUGACCAAUUUGGCUUCCCAUACUUUUAGAAGAUAGUUACAUGUAGACCAUGGCCUAAGUUAAACCAGACUUCAGAAUACAGGCGAUUGGGUGGUGUUUUGAGUUUGAUUUAAGUUAUGUAAAGUGAUUGGUUAACAUUGGUUUGACUUUUAAAAAAUCUGAGCUGGAAGGUCACACUUGUCACCUGUGUCUGUGAUAUGUUACAAAGAUGAAGCCCAGAAAAAAUUGCGUUCGAAAAUAAUUAUUUAGUGCUUCAAAAAUUGAAAUAUAAAGUGACCAAAAACACCAUCUUAAUAUCAUCCCAUACGCUUAUGUGUACUAUUUAGGCAUCUAUAAGAUGCCUAUUUACAAAAUCGGGGUUUGCCUUGUAGUUUUAGCUUUUCAUUCUCAAUAAUGGUUGUUUUCAGGGUUUAUUAGUUCUAAUACAUGCACUUGUACACAUGUUUCAUCUUGGUUUGAGAAUUUUUUUAAUCGGCUGCUCACAAAGUUAAACAAUACCUUUAACCUAGGUCAACUUAGAGCACACUUUUAUGGACUCCUGUAUGUCAACUCAUUCACCAAGUAAAAAUAAUUCUAAUCCUGCAGGAAAAAGUUGCCCCAAAAAUUGUUUUGUAAUAAAAAUAAGGAGAUGAGAAUACAAUGAAUGUCAAUGAAUUAAUUGGUACAUCAUCUUUGCCAUGAAUAUGGAAGAAGUAUUGUGAAACUUGGUAUUCGAUAGAAGCAUUGUCUAAAAUUCUAGUUUACACUAAGCAGGGAAUAAUUUUCCUGGUAUCGCAUCGCAUUUUGUAUAGCAUAUUUUUACAGAGGACUGUACAUUACUUAGUUAAGAGCUUUUCUCUUAACUAACCUUACAUUGUAAAUGCAAUUCAAAUUUUUAAAGCAAAAUUUUUCCUGCUAAGGCUAAAUUUAGUUAUAAUAAUGCAGGCCAUUAUAUUUCCUCCAUGAAAACACUCAAUAAUUAUCUUGUUAUUGUAAUAUAUAUAUUCAUAUCAACAUACAGUACAGUUCAAAGGAAUACCUGGGGCCCGUCUUACAAAGAGUUGUGAUUGAUCUGAUCAAUCGCAACUAUGGAAAGCCAGCAAAGUCAACAUAUAAACUGCAUGUUCGCUAAAAAAUUUCUCUACAUAUGAAUAUAUAUCUAUAAAUUCAUUGAUUUCUUGACAAUCUAGUGUGUUCUCCUUUGUUUACAAACAACAUUUUGCUAAUUUAAUGUAGAAAAAAUUAUGACCCUGAUGGAUUUCCAUAGAGUUACGAUUGAUUGGAUCAAUCGUAACUCUUUGUAAGAUGGGGCCCUGGUUGCUAUAGGUCUCCAGGAAAGAAAUGCGCAUAAAUUUGAAAUCACUAAAACUGGCCUAUUACGCUCAACAAUCUCGAUGCACAUGCACAUUGUACAAGUCAUUUGUAUUACAGGUGUGUAGUCAGGAUGCAUGUACAUGCAUGUACAUUUCUGAUCAUAUAAUAUACCCAUUCGAUGACUAGUCUUGCCUUCUUCACUGUCUGACCCAAUUGUUCGAGUCGGUACAAUGUCUCAGUAACACACACACAAGUGAAAGUUCUAGUAGCAAAUCGCACAAUUUAAAAACAUUUUUAUAUGAGCUGUCCUGAUUUUUGUGUGAAAUCAUUGCUGAGAAAGUAAUUGUCCAAAUUCUGUGAAUCAUAUUGGGACAGUUAUUACCAACUUAUUAACUUUAAAAUGUUUUAUUUUUUGAUAACUUUAAUAUGAUACCGUCCUGGGGAUAUCACAUGCCAUGUUCUUGCUUAUUUUCAGUGCAAUAUACCGUUAUAUAUCUAUCCCACUGUCGACAGUUUCGAAAAAUCUUGGGGGUCAGGGUAAAGGAAAUAGCCCCCCCCCCCCUCCCCCUCAUUUGAUGAUACGGUUAAUGUAGUAUUGCUUGCAUGCAGAUUACCUAUACAGUAGAAUAUGGACAUAUAGGCCCGAAUUCAGAAAGGUGGUUUUGAAAACCAACGGUUGAAUCCAUGGUUUAUGCAGAUUUCCUGUAUAAAUUACGCUUAAUUUAGCGCGUAACGGGCGCGUGGAUAACAAAUGUCCAAUGCUGAUGCGCGAUUUUGUCACAGUGCGCCAAAUUGACGCCUGUUACCAUGGUUAGAUACGCUAUUUUAUUAAUGAGUCCACUGUUUGAAGAGUGGACUCAUUAAUUCAAAACAGUGGAUUCAUGAAUAAAAUAGCGUGGAUAACCAUGGCAACAGGCGUCAAUUUGGCGCACUGCGACAAAAGCGCGCAUCAGCAUUGGACAUUUUUUAAUAUACGCGGUAAAAUAAGCGUAAUUUAUACAGGAAAUAUGCAUAAACCAUGGACUCAACCGUGGGUUUUCAAAACCACCUUUGUGAAUUCGGGCCGUAGAUGUGAAUGUAGUACAUUCAUUGUACUAGAGUAUAUUUUGGAUUUUGAAUGUAUUCAUACUUAUUUUGUAAAUUCAGUAUCAUGUUAUAAAACAUGUAUGUUGUAAUUAAAAUCCACAUGAAACUUUAAA